GAGAGUGUGAGCGCGGAGUCAACAAACAAACAGAACACUUCUCAUCAUGGAUGCGGAUUCCUCUGUACAGACUAACGACUGGAAAAACACCAGAGAGUCUGUUGCAAACUUCCGACGCCUGCUGCUUUGUUCUAAAUGCUCAAACUUCAUGAAGGAGCCUGUGUGCCUCGGAUUAUGUGAGCAUAUGCUGUGCAGGUCCUGCGCCGGCCCCCGGGCGGGCGACGGCUGCGCGGUGUGCCGCAGCCCGGCGUGGGUGAAGGACAUUCAAAUUAACAGGCAGCUCAGCACCAUCGUGGAGCUCUUCGGCGGCUUGGAGUCCCUGCUCAACCCCGCGAAGCAGCCAGACUCCCCGGUAGACGAUAUUCAGCCGCAGCCUGAGAGCCACGUCUUCAAACAGAGGAAGAAUUUCAAAAUCUGGUUCAGUCCCCGCAGCCGCAAGGUGCGCUGCAUGCUGGAGAAGCCCUCAGACGUCACGGCGGCAGACGGCGCGCCUCCCGGAGAAACUGCGGCGGCCCGCCCAGGCGCCCCGACCGCUCAAAACCAGGACCUGUCGGUCUUCAACUUCACCCCGUCCUCCCAAGAGUCCGCCUCGUCGCCGUCGCCUCAGAGAUGCAGCGGAAACAAAAACGUCAAGAAGCGGUCGGCAGCCAGACGAGCCCAGACGACCACGCGCAAGCAGACCAGACAGAAUGUUCAGAAGAAGAGGCUGAAGGCCAUAAACGAGCAGUGGGGAGUCAUGCAGGAGGCCCGCGACACAUCGGAAGAGAAGCAGGACUGCGCUGAUGGGGCAAGAAGGUCCAGUAAAAGGGUUUCAUUCCUCAGUCCCGCCGUCGCCUCUGACGAGAGCCGGCCCCAAGUGCCGCAGGGGAGCACUAAUGAACUCAGUCCUGCCAGGAGCACGCCGGGAGAGAGCGUUCCUGAACGCGGCGUCGGCGCCGCGCUGAAUGACCAAGCCCAGCCCAAUCAUAGUGUGUCAAACGGAAUCGCUCAGCAGGCCAAACUGCCUGCAAAUGACCCCGAUCCGGAGGGAAGCGCUCAGAAACCGGGCAGUUCGUCUCCCUCAGCGCGCUCGGCUAAAAGAUCCCGAGCUGGAGCAGAGCUCAGCCCCUCUGAAGGCACACCGAAAAGACCUCGAGCUUCUCCGGGAAGAUGGAGGAAAUCUUUAGGCCGCAUGUUCCCAGCAGACCCUCGGUCUCCUGUUGACUCCGCGGGAGGAAGCCCCGCCGCCACGGAGAGCCGCCGGCGGUCUCCAGGCUCUCCACGUGGGUCUGCCAGGCGGCCCAACGCAGGAAGCCCUCUGACGAGGAGAAACCACAAGGGAGAGACCCCGCUGCAUCUCGCCGCGAUAAAGGGAGACGCAGAGGCUGUCAAAGAGCUGCUGGAGCAGGGAGCCGACCCCAACCUGAGGGAUCACGCUGGCUGGACGCCUCUGCACGAAGCGUGUAACCUGGGCCACGUGGCCAUUGUGGAGAUCCUGGUCUCGAAGGGCGCUCUGCUGAACACGCCCGGCUACGAGAACGACUCUCCUCUCCACGACGCCGUGAGGAACGGACAUCCGGCCGUGGUCAAACUGCUGCUGCAGCUCGGCGCCUCGCAGAGCGUACUUAAUCUGCACGGAAAGCGGCCGGCGGAUUACGCAGCAGGUCCGGAGAUGCAGCAGAUUUUUCAGGAGGUCUCAGAAGGAGCCCGGGAUGCUCAUGCGUCCCACAGCCCCUCAGCCAGUCUCUCUGAGACGGGCGACGGUUCGAGGAUGGAUCAAGCCACGGUGCUCUUGGCCACCAAGCUGUCGGCACGAGAGCAGCAGCAGCUGGCCAGACUGGGACUUCUCCUGGGAGGGACGACGGCCCACACCUUCUCUGGCUCAGUGAGCCAUGUCGUGGUGCCAGAAGGACAAAUGCCCACCACCUUCUCCGCCCUCCAGGGGAUUCUCGGCGGCUGCUGGGUUGUCAGAUACAGCUGGGUGGAGGCGUGUCUGCAGGCGGGGGAGUGGGUUCCCGAAGCCGAGCACGAGGCGGGAGACGGCGCCCGGCGCAGUCGCAUCAACAGAUGCAGCCUGCUUCCUCCGCUCUUCGACGGCUGCUUCUUCUUUCUCCUGGGCUCCUUCAAGGCGCCCAGCCGGGACGAGCUGGCCGCGCUGCUCCGCGAGGGCGGCGGCCAGCUGCUGAGCCGGCAGCCCAAACCGGACAGCGAUGUGACCCAGACCCUGAGCGCGGCGGCGUACCACGCCCUGCCGGGCUCGGACCAGACCCUCUGCACCCAGUACAUCAUCUUCGACCCGCGCGGCCCCCACAGGCCCCCCGCCGUGAGACGGGGGAAGGUGUGGUCGGCCCCGUUCACGUGGCUCAUCGAGUGCGUCGCGGCCUUCGCCCUCCUGCCUGUGCCAGACCCUCAGAUUUGAAGGGUUUUCAAAAAAGCUUGACUCAUCCUGAGGUUGAUCAUCAACUUUUUGUUGCUCUUUGAUGUGUCGAUUCUGUCCUUUUUGUACAUCAAGUCUAAUAUCCAGUGUGCCGUUUGUGGAAUAUGUUCUACAAUGUAAAAAAAAAAAUCAUGAAACACAAAAUAAAGACUUGUAACACCAGCGUUGUAUUUAUGAGGUUUGUUUUAUUUUUAAUUGUGAAAGAACUUUACC